AUGAGCGAAGAGCCCUUCAGUGCCGAGUACUUUCAACACCUACUAACAUCGCUUACGCUCAAUUCCAGAGCCUUGAUUGUGGAGCUCACAGGCUUGGCAGAAAAACACAUUGACCAUGCUGCUGUGAUGGUGCAGCUUAUCGAGGAGCGCAUCGCCCGCAUCCUCCCCAAAUACAAGCUCUACAGCUUCUACUUGUUGGACUCCAUAGUCAAGAACAUUGGCAACCCUUACAACUUGUUGUUUGCCGCCAACCUCUACAAAAACUUCACCGACACCUACUUGAUUGUCACCGACACGGCCACGCGCCAGAACUUGAUCAACUUGUUCAAAACCUGGUUGACGGGCAAGACGUUGGCUGGCCAGGACUUGUUCCCGCAAGAGAUCUUGGCGAAGAUCGAGAAAUUCAUCAUCAAGGCCACGUCGCUCAACGCUGCAGCGCCCGACGCCGGCGCCGCCCGCAUCUCCAGAGACGCCUUGCUACGAGAAGCAAACUACUUGUUGCAGUAUGUCAUUGCUUUGGACGACGGCGUCGACAAACUAGCGCAGGCGCAUCUGCUUUCGGAAAACAACACGGCCUUCGUGCAAGAGUGCCGCCGGGCCAGAAACACCAUGGUCUACGACAUCAACAGUAUCAGCGAGUCGGUGAUGAUGGAAAGCAAAGCGGAAUUCGACGCCAAGAAGGACUCCUACGCUCUUCUGCUCCAGAAAAUCCGUCGGACGCUCGACGACCAGAGCUUCCAGCAGCAGGAUCUUGUGCUGCGCCUAACGCGGGCGCUCGAGCUGAAGGUGGAGCUCAAUCUUGUGCCCAAACAUGUGGAUGUGUUGAUGAUUUUGGGCGUUUCCGCAUACGACGAAUUCGACACGUUUUUGGCCCAGUGGGGCAAGAUCCCAGUCCAGACAGCGCCAGCGGAAACAGUGCCAGCAGUGAAAGACAGUGACAGCAAGACGGGCGCAGAAAGCGAAACUGCAAUAGAAACAGAAACAGAAGCAGAAGCAGAACCGCGCAGCCCGGAAACCACAGCCAGUUUGGCAUCCACUUUUGGCUUGAACAUGGACUCAUUCAACUUUGCGGACUCUUUGCUCGGGAGCCCGAAGAAUGAGAUCCGCCACAUGCGUCUGAAUCUGUACAGUGACGAUCUGAUGGACGAGGACGAAUAUGAUCCAGAAGAAACGCUUAACGAAGUAGACGGAAGACAUAGUCCGCCCAGCAGCGCCGGACCUGUCUUUGCGGGGAAAUCCAGCAUGAAACGGCCCGCCAACGGCGAAGAACGCGUUGUCAAGAGGGUGCGUUUCGAUUUGUAA